AUGGGCGGAGAUCUCAAGAUGGAUUUGAGGACAGUGAGAGAGGAGAUUAUGAAAGGGAUAAAUGAUGUUAUUAGGCAGUUGGGAGUUUUGAAUUUGGAUGAAAAAGUAAAGGAGGAUUUGAAGAUCGAUGACAAAAGCAACGGCCUUGUUAAAGACGAGUUCAAUAAGCUUGAGCAGGCGAAGCAAAAGUUUGAGACUGACACCAAUCCAAUCAAGGAUAAGUUGCGGGAGAUGGAUACAUUGUUUGAUACGCAUAUCCAACAACCGCUUGACGAGCUAGUCGGUGCAGUUGACGAGGCGAUUGGGGAGCUUGGCGGGAAGUUUGAUAGCAACGGUACAGUGAAUAGUAUUCAAGAGAUUUUCGGGCAUAUUAAAGGAAAGGUUGCGGCGAUUAUUGUUGGAAAUAAAAAUGGCAAGAAAACAGGUCUCCAGGCCGUUGUGGACAAGGUGAAGAGGUUGGCUGAGGGAUUCAACGGUAUGGACAGAGACCAUUAUAAUUUCUCGCAUAAAGUGGAGGGGUGGAUUGUGAAUACCAUUUUGAAGAAGGAUCCAAUUAAGGCGUUUAUUGACAAGUAUGUUACGGAUAAUAAUGGGCGUAUAAGUCAUCCAUAUGAUAAGCAGAAAAAUGAGAACGGUACGCAGUCUUAUACAGAGCUUAACAAGCAUAUCGCACUUGUUUUUAAGGAUAAGCUUAAAACGGAAAAUCAGACAGCCGCUGAUGCUGUGCGGGAUGGUUGCGAUGCUUUUGUCAAAGAGCUUGGAAAAAAACUUCAGGUUUCAAACGUUGAGCAGUUUGAAAGUGCAGCUGAAAUGCUUGUGAAGCAGAUAGUACAGGGUAUAAAUGAUGCAGUUAAGAAUAGAAACCAAAGCUCUGGAUAUGAAGAUAGGCAUCUCACAUCUGCCGUCCAACUCACCCUCAAGCAGCUCCCCGUCGUCGUAAGUAGAGUUGCUGGGGAACUGGGAUCUUUCGCCCUAAGCGAGCAGGCCUGGGGUAACCCCAAGAUCGCCAGCAUAGCAGAUAAUCUAGAUGACGCCCUCAAAGUAGCCAACGCACUCGACAAACAGCUUACCACGGCGACUACCAAACCCGGCACCGACCCAAAUGUAAGCCCCGCCCAAGCCGUGGACAGUAAGUUGGAGGCGGUGAGGACUAUGGUUAACAACACAAUUCAGAGUUACUUUAAAAGUAAAGUAAUAACUGAACUUGCCGAUGCAGUCGAAAAGCUUCCCGCCGCCGUUGGCACCUUCAACUCCACCGCCGAAGCGCAGAUCAGGAAUGCGACCCAGACGGCGAUUGGCGCAGCUGUUAAGGAAUUCACGAUGGAUAAUGGAAGUAUAAAGAUUGGUAAAGACGGUAUCAUGCAGACGUUUGAGGAAGCUUACAGUCACAUAAGAACACGGCUUGACAGUGACCUCAAACAGACAGUUGAUGACCACAUUGGGAAGGAUGAUCCAGCAGGUGGUCAAGGUGAACCAAGAGUUGAACUUAAUACAGAUCAUUUUGAUAAAUAUAAUGGCCACGUUAAACUAGAAAAGAUCAAAACUCUUCAGCCCGGUGGAGCUCUACAAGGCAAGCAAGGCGAAGGCCAUCUUCCAGAGGCGAUCGGGAAGAUUAGAGAUGAGGGUCUUUCGGAGCUUACUGAUAUCAUCGAUGACAGUGCCAGUCCUGAUCGGAAAAUUGACAAUACAACCUUCACCGGUCCGUUCAACAAAAUUGAAAAUGAGCUCAAAGAGUUCAAGAAAUUGGUUGAUGACAAUGACAAAAACAUACUCGACUAUGGCGACAUAAACAAUAGAGGUGUAAAAACGCUUUUGACGGAGCUUGAAGAUAUGCUUAACAAACCUGUUCCGGGAGUUUUCGAAAAUGGCCUCGCUGACAUCCAAAAGGCGAUUGAAAAGCUGAAAACGCAGACGUAUGAUCCCAAAACUACACAAAUCGACACAGCCGUCAAAGAAAUUAGGACGCAGCUUGGAGUGCUUAGAGAGUGGUUGAAGAAUAAUAGUAAAGAUGAUGUCGUCAACGCUUUGGAAGAUUUAAAUACUGCUGGUCUAGGUCCGAGUGCAUGGAAUGGCAAGAAUGUCAAGGGUCAACCUCUCAGUGGCCUUGGGAAAAUCCAAGGAGAGCUUGGCACUGAAAUUAAGAAGUUACCCACCGAGACUGGAAACAUCGAUACGGCUAUAAAAGAGAUUGAAAAAGAAAUAAGAGGUUUACUUGCAAGUGUCGGAUUCAGGUUGAAAAAUGUGUUCUCUACUGAUGACGUCCUUGACCAGUUGAAAGAGUUAGAAAAGCAUAUUGGUAGAGGUAAACAAAAAUGCAAUUUGAAUCUUAAUAGCGUUUACGAGGCAAUUAAGGACCUCCAAGAAAAACCGUUUAGACAACAACCCGUUGAAAUUGAAAAUGCCAAGCAACAAAUUGUAAAUGAACUUACUGCCCUUCAAGGUGAGUUGCAAGGCACUCCAGGCAGUAAGGAAGACGUCAUUAAUGCUUUGGAAGAUUUGCAGAACAGUGGACUAAGUGGACGGGAGCUUAGAGGGACGUUGAACACUCAGGUCACCGAGAAGUUCAAGACGCUGAGAGACCAUGGCCUUGAAAAAGGUGCUACAAAAUGGAAUGAAGGUAACAAUAUCAAUGGCCUCGUCAAGAUCAGGAAUCAACUUGAGAAGCUGAAGAAGGAGGCCUUUCAAAACCUGAACACAAUAAUAGAGAACCUACGCAAGGCGAUUCGUGACUCCGCAGGGGAUGUCAGGGUCUUACUCACUCACCGGGAAGAGGUGCCAUCAUUUUACCACGUCGACUACUUUGACGACGGCCCUUUGGAGGUACUUGACAUUAGAUAA